GGCUUCGCUUGAUUUCUUGUAUGCUCGCUAAAUCUUUGAGCUGGAAGACACGACGACACUACAUUAACUUUCUUUUUCUCUGUCACUGAAGCUAGAUGCUUGUAAGCUGUCUGAAACAAAGGCAAACUCCAAAGAAAUCCCAUUGCAAUAAUCUCAAAGACCGCAGGAAACUUAGAAAUGUUACAUUCGCUGAUUUCGCCGGUCAAAGUCUCGAAACUGUCAAAACAGUUACGCCUAAUUCUAGCUGCGAGAAUUUUCAGUCUUUUUCACAAAGAGGACGAAAUUUUACUGAUCCAAGGAACGAUUAUAGUAUCCUGCAGGAUCAAGGGUUAAAUACAGACGCCAAACCCAAUAUCGCUAGAAUUUAUUCAUCUUCUCCUGUUCCACAACCUUUGUUUGGAAGACAUUUCGUAAGUCUUUUUGAAAGGAACAGCAUCUGUCUAGAACACUUGUUCUGGGCAUCAAAAUCAAAGAAUGUACUUGUUGGAAUUGUUAGGGUAAAAAACCACGCCUUCGAAAAAGACGUUUUCGUGAGGUACACUCUUAAUGACUGGAAAGRUUUUCAAGACAAACCAGCCGACUUUUUAUUCCAAUGUGAUGGAGGCUACGCCGACAAGUUUGUUUUUCGKAUUGCAGUGACCUCAAAGAAACUUAGCCAGGAGAUCCGUGGAAAAAUAGAGUUGGCUAUUUGUUGUAACAUCAAUGGGAGCCAAUACUGGGACAAUAAUGGUGGGCUUAAUUACAUAGUCAAUUACUGAGUUAUAUAUGCCUUCCGACGGAAUUACGCACUAAAUAAACUUUUUUUGCGUAGUUAACUUUUGACGCUUUUACUGUGCACGAAGACUGGGCGAMAUCUCAGUGUUGCUUCAAUUCAGUGUUUUGUAUGGUACGCCGCACAAUUGUGCCAGAUUUGUAGGCUUCGUUCGCGUGCUAAUGUGCAUAUGUCUAGCAUAAUUCGCCCCCCCCCCCUCCCCUUGAGUUGUGAAAAUAGAUACGAUUAUUGGCAAGUUAGUGGGUAAGGGCGCAAGGCGCGGAUUAAUAUUAACAUAGACUCAUUUACGGCAUUUUGUAGGCUAAAAGAAAUGUUAACUGGCAUUUGUCAUUACCUAGACACGAAGCAUAAUAAAUACACUUUGCCAAUGAACCAGAACGAAACCCCCAAAAUGGUUAGCAGUUCAGUACUGGGUUAUUUUGGCGAAUUUUAUAGUGGUUUUACCGUGCUUAAUUAUAAAUGCCCAAUGUAGUAAGCUUGCUUCAUAGCUUUAAGGAUAUGAAUGGCAUAUAGCUAGAAGUAUAGAGGUCAGGUGGAGCUUUGAGGAAAACUCAGCUAUCGAUAUAUCAUAUCAAAUAACAGGAAGCAUGAGCGAGGAUAACUGCACAUCCGAUUUGUGACAACUCGUACCAACUGAUAUUUUGAGGCUUUUUUAAACCUGAACAAAUACAUUUAAAGAAACAGGAUAUCGAAGGUCUUUUGCACUCGACACAUUCAGUUUUAAUCUGAAUUAAAGCUAGUGAAAAAUAAGA